CAACUACUAAAAGCUAAACACUAUAAAAACUAAACCGAAGAAGGGGCCAGCCCACUCCCUCUCGCCGCCGGCGAGCUCGCCGGGAACGAAGAGAGAGGGGCAGGAUCUGAGUCUAAACUGGCGGAGCUAGGAGAAGGGAAGCUUGCGUUUCUUCAGUCGCCAGUGCACGCUCUUACUCGGUCCGAUGGCAUUAUUCUAGCACCCGAUCGACUCAACAGUCAAGUCCAGACUGCAGUUGCAGCACGCUCCUGUGCUCGUUGUUAACCCGAUUCUUCCAUCCAUGCCUUUCAGUCUGUAGGUGUUCGUGGAAUAACGAGAGGCACCAGAGACCAGACCACGAACGGCUCCCCGAGAUUUUCUCGAUCUUGACCGCGUCACUCCAAGACAAAACACAAAUCAUUCAAGCACCUGAGAGACAGGGCGUUUCUUGCAGCGCCGUCCCAGCACCAAAUUGAUGCAGAAGCCCAAGCCAUCAUGCCUCCCGAGCUUCUCCACUUGAUCACUACGUCACUUCUCUUGCUCGUGGCCGCCGGUCCCUGCUGUCUUGCGGCCAGCGGCGGCGGCGGCGACGGCCGGCAGUUCGCCUACAAUGGCUUCGCGGGCGCGGAGCUCGCCCUCGACGGCGUGGCUACGGUCACGCCGAACGGCCUCCUCAUGCUCACCAACGGCACCAUCCAGAAGAAAGGGCACGCCUUCCACCCGUCCCCGGUGCCGCUCCGCGCCGCGCGGUCCUUCUCGACCACCUUCGUCUUCGCCAUCUUCGGGCAGUACAUCGACCUGAGCAGCCCCGGCAUGGCGUUCUUCGUCACUACGUCAAGGGAGGUGCUCUCGGCCGCGCUGCCGGGCCAGUUCAUGGGCCUCCUCAACGGCACCCGCAACACCAACCGGGGCGCCCACAUCUUCGCCGUGGAGCUGGAUACCCUCCUCAACGCCGAGUGCCGCGACAUCAGCAGCAACCACGUCGGCGUCGACCUGGACAGCUUAGUGUCGCGGGGCUCCGCCGAUGCCGGCUACUACGACGACGGCACGGGGCGGUUCCAGAACCUGAGCCUGAUCAGCCGGAAGGCGAUGCAGGUGUGGGUGGACUACGACGGCGCCGCCACGGAGGUCACCGUGACCAUGGCUCCCCUCGGCGUCGCCAGGCCCAAGAAGCCCCUGCUGCGCACCGCCGUGGACCUCUCCGCCGUAGUGGCGCAGCAGGACACGGCGUACGUGGGGUUCGCGUCGGCCACGGGGAUCCUCUUCUCGCGCCACUUCGUCGUCGGCUGGAGCUUCGCGCUGGACGGGCCGGCUCCGGCGCUGAACAUCUCGUCGCUGCCCGCCUUGCCGCCGAGCGGGCCCAAGCCACGGUCCAAGGUGCUGGAGAUCGUGCUGCCCAUAGCGUCGGCGGCCGUGGUCCUCGCCGUGGGCGCCGCUGCCUACGUCCUGGUGCGGCGGCAUCUCAGGUACUCGGAGGUCGUCGAGGAAUGGGAGGCCGAGUUCGGGCCGCACCGGUUCUCCUACAAGGACCUGUUUCAGGCGACCAAGGGGUUCAGCGACACCAACCUUCUCGGGGCAGGAGGCUUCGGGAGCGUCUACAAGGGCGUUCUCCGCAAGUCCGCCAUGGAGGUCGCUGUGAAGAGGGUGUCCCACGAGUCGAGGCAGGGGAUGAAGGAGUUCAUCGCCGAGGUCGCGAGCAUGCGCCGGCUGCGCCACCGCAACCUCGUGCAGUUGCUCGGCUAUUGCCGGCGAAAGGGGCAGCUUCUCCUGGUCUACGAUUACAUGCCAAAUGGUAGCCUGGACAAGUACCUCCACGACCGUAGCAAGGGUGGUACAUUGGAUUGGCCCCAGCGACUCCACAUCAUCCGGGGAGUGGCUUCGGGUCUCUCAUACCUCCAUGAGGACUGGGAGCAAAUCGUCAUCCAUCGAGAUGUCAAGGCAAGCAACGUGCUCCUGGAUGACCAGAUGAACGGGAGGUUAGGGGAUUUCGGCCUGGCGAGGUUGUACGACCAUGGAUCGGAUGCGCGGACCACACACGUGGUCGGCACCAUGGGAUACCUAGCCCCUGAACUAGGGCACACCGGCAAGGCAACCCCAUCCACCGACGUCUUCGCCUUCGGGGCGUUCGUUCUGGAGGUCACCUGUGGCCGAAGGCCGAUUAAGCAAGACGAGGGAAACAACGGCGUCAUGCUCGUGGAUUGGGUUGCCGAGCAUUGGCGCAAUGGUUCGAUCACUAAGGCAGCGGACACCAGGAUGCUGAACAGCAGGUUUAAUCUUGACGAGGUUUCUCUAGUGCUAAAGCUUGGGCUUCUGUGCUCGCACCCACUUCCCAACGGAAGGCCAACGAUGCGGCAGGUCAUGCAGUACCUCGACGGCGACAUGCUCCUCCCGGACUCGUCGCCGGCGGCAUACCUCAGCUCGACCAUGCUGGAGUGGAUGCACAGCCCGGAAUUGAACACGAAUGCAAUAAAGUCGUAUGUGUCAUCCAUGAGCUUUGGUGUCAUCUCUGAUCUCUCCGGAGGAAGGUGACAGAGUGCCUGCUGUGUGUCCGAGAAUAAUUGAGUUGGACUCCAUUGUACUAGUCUCUCAUAGUUUCUAUUGUUAUAUGUUAUUAUUCAUCAGAUUAACUAGCUAGCACUUUGUGGAAAUUAGUGGAUUUUCCAAUAAGUUUGUAAAUUUGUGUUCAAACAUUCCAACUAAUAUAUAUAACACAAAUAAGGACGGUAAUGGUUUU